AAGGCAGAGAUGGCGAUGUUAAAUAGGACAAUGAACUCUGUACACGAGUGUCCCUUUUACUACCUAGGAAUCGGGUGACCAUGUUCGAGCCCAAGUGUUGUUGCGGUGUACAUGGCCAACAUACGUGCUAAGACUGCUUGCUGUGGAUGUCAGCAAUUGCGGGCGAACUAUUGUUUACCCACGGUGUUGACGCGUUAACAUGAAAUCAACUGUGUUAAAUGAAUAUUUGUUCAACUUGAAUAAUAUCACUAUAGACGUUACGAGAAUCGGGAUCUAUCUCAUCGAACGAGUACUCAAUAUACUGUAGUGUUUGCUUCGUUUGACAUCGUGUCGUAUCGUAUUAUUCAUUAAUAUUGCAUACAAUAGGAAAUACUGUAAGGGAUCAAUUACAACCUUUUAUAAACCAGACUACAUGGAGACGAGUUCUUGGAAAUGACAAAAAUCAGAGAGUUCACGGUAAUAGACGUAGACAAUUCGAGACUCAAGAGCAGAAGAACCACCAAUCACACUCCCGACACGCGCGACUAUUGACGUCUGAUCGAAACAGCCAUGGCAGACGAUCACAGAGACAUGGAGGAAGGCGGGCUGAGAGACCGCGGGGUGACACGCGAGGUCAGCGACGGCGACCUGGAUGAUCAUGCACUCAGUAAUCACCGCAUGGUGAUCGGGGUGCGGUUGCCAAGGCGACCUAAGCGGCCUAAGAAGAAGAGGAGUGGCAAAGACAAAUACUCGGACCGAACACCCUUGACAACCAUUGACUUCUCCGCGACAACACUCCAGGCGCCCACGGAGGCGGUCCAGAGUCUGCUAGGGGAGGUGGAUGACGAACAGCAUCAGCCGCACCCCAUCUUCUGUCAGCUCGACCUCCUCAACACGUUCGGGGGCACGGAGAAAGAGUGGCGCGAAUACGCAAGAUGGGUAAAGUAUGAAGAAGACUUGGAGGAGGGCGGACAGCGCUGGUCUAAGCCGCAUGUGGCCUCCCUCUCCCUACACGCGCUCUUCGAACUCCGCUCCACCAUCCUCGACGGGGCAGUGCUCCUAGACCUGGACGCAUACCACUUACAGCAGAUCAAUGAUAUAGUGAUAGACCACUUCGUCGCCAACAAGAUGCUGGAGGAGGAGCUGCGCGAGGAGGUGCGCGCCACACUCAACGCCCCGCACGUGUUCGCGCAUCAGAAGAAGAAGCGCAUGUCGAGUCUCUCCAGCGAAAAAGAUAUCAAGAAGGCCUUAUCCAAACCACAAUCCAGAAAGAGUUUAACCAACAUGGAGCAUAUUAACGGCGAUAUUCCCCUGAGUCCGUCGUCAACAAAAUUGAACACAGAUUUCAUGCGGAAGGUUCCCGCGGACACGCAGACCUGUAACGUCAUGGUGGGUCAGCUAGCCUGCCUCAAGUACCAGCUGUCCGCGUUCAUCCGACUGUCCGAGGCGCGCAAUAUCGGGGACAUCACGGAGAUUCCCGUGCCCACAAGGUUCGUGUUCAUACUGCUGGCUCCCGCCGGAAAUGAGGACAAGUGUAUUGAGAUCGGGCGUUCUUUAUCCACUGUGAUGGUCGACGAGAUAUACCGCGAGGUGGCGUUCAAGGCGCGUAACCGGCAGGAGAUCCUCAGUGCGCUGGACGAGUUUAUGAGCCAGGUAACAGUUCUUCCGCCCGGCGAAUGGGACCCAAAGAUCAGGAUCGAACCACCGGAAAAGGUGCCGUCCCAGGAAGCCAGAAAGACACAAAAGAUACAGGUUGCCGGCCCACACGUGCUCGCAACGAUGAAGACGGCGCACGAGGCGCACGAUGAUCCAACCCUGGUCAGGACCGGAAGACUUUUUGGCGGUCUGAUAGCAGACGUGAAGCGGAAGUUGCCCUGGUAUUGGAGCGACUUCAGGGACAGCCUCCACAUCCAGUCGGUCGCCUCAAUCAUCUUCCUCUUCCUCGCCACGCUUACACCGAACGUCACUUUCGGCGGGCUUUUAGGACAGGCUACAAAUCAGUAUAUGGGCACGAUGGAGUGUAUCCUUGCGGCAGCCAUCUGCGGCGUCCUGUUCGCGCUCUUUGCUGGCCAGCCGCUCAACAUCCUGGGCAGCACGGGGCCCAUGCUGGUACUGGAGAUGAUUCUUUACAACUUCUGCGAGGGCCAGUACGACUAUUUGCCUCUCCGCGCAGUGAUUGGUCUGUGGACAACAUUACUGAUCAUGCUGAUCGUCGCGUUCGACCUGAGCGCUCUCGUGCGCUACAUCACGAGAUUCACUGAGGAGAGCUUUGCCUGUUUGAUCGCUAUCAUCUUCAUCUACGAGGCAUUCAAAAAGCAGUUCUCCAUAUUAGACAAGUAUGGCAUUAACAAGCACCCGGAAAUACCCAUCAGCCACCACUGUGAGUGCGUCGCACUGAAUACCACUUUGGCGGACAACGCGGGAAACGUUACGACGAUCGCGACGGUGAUUGCAAGUAACGUGAGCGAGGUUGCGUACGGCGUUUGGGACGAUGCGACCAACACAACGCUAGCCUGGGUAAACAUGACAAGCGAGCAGUGCAAACAGUUCAAUGGGACCAUGGAGGGCGAAGGCUGCCACAACCCCUACUACCCGGACGUGUUUCUCCUGUCGUGCAUCCUUUUCCUUGGCACCUACACAAUCGCAAUGACGCUCAAAGAGUUCAAGACCUCCGGCUUCUUCCCCACAUUUGUACGCCAGAUCUUGAGCGACUUCGCUGUGCUGAUCUCUAUCGUGGCCAUGGUCGUACUCGACGUUCUCAUUGGCAUCCAGACGCCCAAGCUGGAAGUACCGGAGAAGUUUCAGCCCACGAACUACCUGGCCCGCGGCUGGUUCAUCAGCCCUAUCAGUGCAAAGAACCCCUGGUGGACUUACAUUGCCGGCAUCAUCCCCGCCUUUCUGGCGGUCGUCCUCAUCUUCAUGGACCAGCAGAUCACCGCCGUCAUCGUCAACCGGAAGGAGAACAAGCUCAAGAAGGGGAACGGUUACCACCUAGACAUGCUGGUAGUGGCUAUCACUAUCGCUAUCUGCUCCGUGCUGGGCCUGCCCUGGUUCGUGGCCGCCACGGUCUCCGCACUGGCUCACAUCAUGUCGCUCAAGAAGGAGUCGGAAACCGCUGCGCCCGGCGAGAAGCCAGUCUUCCUCGGCUGCAGGGAGCAGCGCGUGACGGCCCUAUUGGUGUCAAUUCUCAGUGGGCUCGCAGUCUUCCUCACUGGCGUCCUCAAGGUCAUCCCAAUGCCCGUCUUGUAUGGAGUGUUCAUGUACAUGGGAAUUGCGGCACUGAAAGGAAUGCAGUUCAUAGACCGUCUGUGUAUUCUGCUGAUGCCGGCCAAGUACCAGCCGGACCUUCCGUACCUACGGCACGUGAAGAUCACUCGUGUGCACCUGUUCACCGCAAUACAGAUCCUGUGUCUGGCCGUGCUGUGGGUCAUCAAGCAGGUCAAAGUGCUCUCCAUCGCCUUUCCAGUCAUGGUGGUCGGUACCUGCUUUGUACGAAAAGCGAUGAAUCAUCUGUUUACGCAAUACGAGUUGUCCUAUUUGGACGACCUCAUGCCUGGCGAUGACGUCAUCAAACAGGAGGACGAGCAGCUUGCUGAAAAGGAGCAGUUAAUGUCGCAAGACUAUAUGUAUAACGACGACAAUGACGUCACUGUUGAUGCGAAGACGAAGCACACGAUGGGCAACAAGUACGCGGACUACAUUGCGGUGCCCUCGAGCGACCGCGUAAACAUGUCCGAGGAGAUGAGCAAGACGGGCAUCUGGAUGCAGGUCCGGCGCGACUCAUUGCCGGUCCUCGAGGGAUACAACAACUCCCAGCCCAAGCUCAUCAGCGCGCGGCGGAAAGACUCCAAGGCGCACUUUACCCUCGGAGACGCCCAGAUCCCCGAGGAGGCCGAGAGCAAGGAGAGCAAAAUAUGAACACACUGUUUACAUUGUACUGUUCAGAGUUUAAUAGAAUAAUAAAAUGACGCUGACGUCGAUUGUUGACGCAAUCAUUAAACACAUGUCAAUUAAACGCGAGUGUCGCGAUUUCUCUCAAUAACGCCUGUAAUUUCAUGAUUAUAUUUUCUUCAUGAAUAGACUUCUACAAUAAUAUUUAUUUUCUGAGAACAGCAUUCAUCGCAAUUGUUCAGAGCUUCUGUGCGCCUACGCAUCUAUUUAACAAGCGCAUGAAUCAGGAAAUCACUAAGAAUUACAUGACUUUUGACAACGUUUGCGAUGUUGAACAUUUGUUUGUUUAUAUAUUUAUUUUAAUGCAAUGUGUAUUAAGCCUUCGUGAUUUAGCACAUCUGACUGUGGUAGAGCCCACAGUUCUCGACGAUGCAUGGCAAGCGGGUGGCAGGAGGCAUGACCAGCGGGUUGGGGAGCAAGGCUGGCGGGGUCCUAUGUAUUAUUUAUAGUAGUACAUGUAAUAAACAAGACGACAAGUGUAUGCUGUAGAAGUAGUCAUUCUCUUGCGCUACAGUUUGGCUUAGCGCAUACAUGCAUCAUUCAUCUACCCAGUAUGACAAUGAUCGACACGUUAUCUUGUACCAUACGAUAACAAAAAAAUAGGUAUACACUGUACAACGAUAUGACUUGUGUAUGGUACGGUGCUUUAACCUGUCACCAGCAUGUAUCCGAAACAUUUUAAUGCGGCGUCAGAUGUUUAAAGAAAUAAUACUUGUUUGCAAUGUUAUUAAGUCAGUUGUGUUUUAUCAAGUGGCACAAUUUAUUGUAUACAGAAACAUUAAGUUUUUUAAUGUUUAGAAGGUUAUUGUUGUAUUUUAUUAUUAUUUUUUUUGUGGGGGGGGGGGGGGGUUGAUCGUGAGCAAUUUAAUAUUUGAAGUUUGUUUAUUAGUUGGUAUCAUAUGUGUGUGCAUAUUCAAACACGUUUGAAACAAACCAUUCAAAAUGAAAUUAUGCAAUAGUUGUUUUUAAAUGUACCAUUGUUCAUCGAACAUUAUUAUAUCUUUUGAUAUGCUGUUUGUCAUAGAAAGUCGCCAUGAAAUUAAUUUUUGUGUAAUGUUGAAUUGUUGUGUAAUAUGCAUUCAUUAUUUAAUAAACCAGAGCCAUAUUAAAAUAUACAAGACACGUG